CUUUGUUGAUGACAAUUCAAUCACAUAAGUGAAAAACUGAUUUAAAUAUAUAGUUACAAUUGAAUACGUUGCUGUUGUGGUCAUGUAUACAGUUGAUUUUGACUACGAAUUUAACAACGACUUAAAAUUUAUUGACUUCAAUGCACCCGAGCGGUUCAUAGUGCCCGCCGUGCCGCAGUACUACGGCUACGAGCAUUUGACAAUGCCACAGACGAACAGCAGCAGCGGCACUCGCCGUCAACAGUGGAAGAGAUCGCGGUCGUCGUAUGAGGACUAUUGGCAGGAGAUUAGCAGACCGAAUAUGAUGACUAUGGAUAUAACCAAAACAGAACCCGGACUAGUCGGGCUAUCAUCCAAUCAGCAGCAGCAGCAGUCGGCACAGCAGCAACAGCAAACCGCAAACAUGAACAACAACGGCCAGAACAGCAACAACAAUGGCAGCGGCAACAACAACAAUGGCCUGAGCAAUGGCAACUCUGUGAACAAUGGCAAUAACAACAAUAAUAACAACAACAGCAAUAGCAACGUGCAGAGCAUUGCGGCCGCCGCUAACAACAACAACAACAACAACAAUGGCAGCCAAUUGUGCGCUGGCUGUGGCAAGCACAUCCAGGACCGUUACCUGCUGCGCGCCCUGGACAUGCUGUGGCACGAGGAUUGCCUCAAGUGCGGCUGCUGCGAUUGCCGCCUCGGCGAGGUCGGCUCCACGCUCUACACCAAGGGCAAUCUGAUGCUCUGCAAGCGCGAUUACUUGAGAUUGUUCGGGAAUACGGGAUACUGCGCCGCCUGCAGCAAAGUCAUUCCAGCCUUCGAGAUGGUGAUGCGUGCACGCACCAAUGUCUAUCAUCUGGAGUGCUUUGCGUGCCAGCAAUGUAAUCAUAGAUUCUGUGUUGGGGAUCGCUUCUACCUAUGCGAGAAUAAAAUACUCUGUGAAUACGACUAUGAGGAGCGUCUGGUGUUCGCCUCGAUGGCCAAUCAUCCGAUGCUGAAGCGUCAUGUCUCGUCCCUGGGUCAGGGCUCGCCGACUGGAGCAGCGGGCGGUGCUGGCAAUGCGGGCGGGUUGCUGGGCGGCGGACCGGGCGGUGUGACGGGCGGCGCCAAUGUCAAUGGCGGCGGCGUUGGUGGCGGCAUGGUCAAUGGGCCGCGCACGCCAGGUGAUCACAACAACAACAAUGGACCCCAAACGCCAACUGGCGGCGGUGUCGGCGUCGGCUCGCCGUUUGCGGCCGCUGCCGCUGCAGCUGCCGCCGCGCACAUGAAGAACCAGCUGGGGGCGUCCAGCUAAAAUAAAGCCCUGGGCAUGAGCGGCAGCGGCAGCAGCGGCGGCAGCAGCGGCAUCGGCGGCUCCGGUCAACAGUUUUAUGGAGCCGCCGGCUUUGGGCUGCAUCAGCAACAACAGCAGCAGCAGCAACAGCAGCAGCAGCAGCAGCAGCAGCUCAUGGGCAUGGGCAUGG